AUGGGUGUAUGUCCGCCAUCAUUUGUAUGUUGAUAUCCAUGUUGAUAUCUUUGAUGCUUUGAUGUCUGUUGGUCACGAGACCGCGGCAUGAGCAUUGGGCCCGUCAGCCUUUCUCUGAUCACGUCUGAGGUACUAUGCAGAACAAGACAAGCGCAAUGAAGAAGAAAGUACUUUUGAUGGGGAAAAGUGGGUCGGGGAAGACCAGCAUGAGGUCCAUCAUAUUUGCCAACUACAUCGCGAGAGAUACUCGGAGGCUGGGUGCCACAAUUGAUGUGGAACACUCGCACGUGCGGUUCUUGGGGAACCUGGUUCUUAACCUGUGGGACUGUGGAGGCCAGGAGGCUUUCAUGGAAAACUAUUUUGCCAGCCAGAAGGACACCAUCUUCCGCAAUGUUGAGGUGUUGAUCUAUGUGUUUGAUGUGGAAUCCCGUGAACUGGAAAAGGACCUCCACUAUUACCAGUCCUGCCUGGAGGCUAUUCUGCAGAACUCUGCAGGGGCCAAAAUUUUUUGCCUCGUGCACAAGAUGGACCUUGUGCCAGAAGAAGAAAGAGACAGGAUCUUUCAACUGAGACAAGAAGAUCUAACCAGGCUCUCGAAACCGUUGGAAUGUAUUUGCUUCAGGACGUCCAUAUGGGAUGAAACGCUCUACAAGGCGUGGUCGUCUAUUGUGUACACACUCAUUCCUAACGUACGGCAACUAGAAGCCAACCUGCAACAGUUUACAGACAUCAUUGAUGCAAACGAGGUCCUGCUGUUCGAGAGAGCCACUUUUCUGAUAAUCAGUCAUUGCCAGCGGCAGGAACACCACGACGCCCACCGUUUUGAGAAGGUCUCCAACAUCAUCAAACAGUUCAAACUGAGCUGCAGCAAACUGGCCGCCCAGUUCCACAGUAUGCAGGUGCGCAACGGGCACUUUGCUGCCUUCAUCGACCUCUUCACACCAAAUACCUACAUCAUGGUAGUAAUGGCUGAUCCAAGCAUGCCAUCCGCUGCCACCCUGAUCAACAUCAAGAAUGCCCGCAAGCACUUCGAAAAAUUGGAAAGUGGUCGACAGCAGACUCAGUCCGGACAUGCGCUGCGGAGAUAGUCCCCCGUUUGUAAUUCCUAUAAGAUGUGAAAUUGUUCUCGCGCUUCGUUUAAAUAUUAAAUAAACUAAAGAUCCAUUUAUUAUGUA